AUGGAUUUCCCCACUCCGCACGUGAAUGUGAAGCUCUUCUGCUACUAUGCCACUUUGAGAGCAUUGCGAAAAGAGAUCGUCAGGGAGAGGGCCGUUCCAGACUUCCAGAAAGUGGAGCACACGUGCGAAAUUCAUGGAACAWUGAUGGCCUCUAUGUGUCCUGUUCCUCCACUGCUAUUGAAUAGCCGACCGCCUUACGCUUGCGUAAUCGACCAUGCAUUGGUCGGCGGAUUAGUUGGUACUGUAAAUGAAUGUAGAGUCCUCUCCGUUAGCUGCGGAAAUGGAAUAGAGUGCCUGGGACAAGGGUACCAAUUUGUGCAUAAAGACACAACAAGAACAGCCCAUUUACAGCCUAGUGAAGGAUCUCGCCAAAGGGCUCAAGCCACGCUGUCCGGUGACUUUUAG